AUGUCUAAAAGCACAGACACCCAACCUUUAUUAGGGGGUGAUAGCUCAAGUGUAUAUAACUCUAAAGUUAAGAAAUGUGGAGGUAUUAAAUCUUAUAUAUCAUACUUUAUUAAUGUUAUAGCUAUUGGUAUUAUAGGAUAUUUAUUAUUUUAUAAUCCAACACCAGCUCAUGCAUCUAACCCACAAACAACAGUUGAUCCUCAAAAGAAGAAAAAUAUUAUCUUUAUGGUAACUGAUGGGAUGGGUCCAGCAUCUUUAUCACUUGCAAGAUCUUUCCGUCAAUAUAGAGAUCAAUUACCAAUAAAUGAUAUUUUAACUAUUGAUAAAUAUUUAGUGGGAUCUUCAAGAACUAGAUCAAGUAAUUCUUUAGUAACUGAUUCUGCUGCUGGUGCAACUGCUUUUGCUUGUGGUUUAAAAUCUUAUAAUGGAGCUAUUGGAGUUAAUCCUAAUAAACAACCUUGUGGAACUAUAUUAGAAGCUCUUAAAUUACAAGGGUAUUAUACAGGAUUAGUAGUUACAACAAGAAUUACUGAUGCAACUCCAGCAUCUUUCAGUUCUCAUGUUGAUUAUAGAUCUCAAGAAGAUUUAAUUGCUGAACAUCAAUUAGGAGAAUAUCCAUUAGGAAGAUCAGUUGAUUUAAUUUUAGGAGGUGGUAGAUGUCAUUUUUAUCCUCGUAGUAUUCCAGGUGGUUGUCGUGCUGAUAAUAGAAAUUUAAUAGAUGAAGCACAAAUUAAUGGAGGUUGGAGUUAUGUUGGUAAUAGAGAACAAUUUGAUCUUUUACAAUCAGGUGAAAAUGUUACUUUACCUUUAUUAGGUUUAUUGGCUGAUACUGAUAUUCCUUAUGAUAUUGAUCGUGAUUCUAAAGUUUAUCCAUCAUUAGCUGAACAAGUUAAAGUUGCUUUAACUGCUUUAUCUAAGGCUACUGAAGAUUCCGAUAAAGGUUUCUUUUUAUUAAUUGAAGGUUCAAGAAUUGAUCAUGCUGGUCAUCAUAAUGAUCCUGCUGCUCAAGUUAGAGAAGUUUUAGCUUAUGAUGCUGCUUUUAGAGAAGUUAUUAAAUUUAUUGAUGAAACCGAAACUGAAACAGUUGCCAUUUCUACCAGUGAUCAUGAAACUGGUGGUUUAGUUACAGCAAGACAAGUUACUCCAAAUUAUCCUGAUUAUUUAUGGUAUCCAGAAAUUUUAGCUAAUAGUCAACAUUCAGGAGAUUUCUUAGCUCAUAAACUUGCUUCAUUUAAGAAUAAAGCCAAUACUCAAGAAGUUGAUAAAUUCAUUAAAGAAGAAAUUUUAGAAAAGGAUAUGGGUAUUACCAAUUAUAAAGAAUCAGAAAUUGAAUUAAUUAAGAAACAAAUUAAUAAUCCUGGUGAAUUAUUAUAUGUUUUAAAUGAUAUUGUUUCAUUUAGAUCUCAAACUGGUUGGACUACUCGUGGUCAUUCUGCUGUAGAUGUUAAUAUUUAUGCUUAUACUAAUUCUCCUGCUAUUAAGAAUAAAUUAUAUAAUCAUACAGCUUAUGGUGGAUUAUUAGGUAAUCAUGAAAAUAUUGAAAUUGGUUCAUUUAUGGAAGCUAUUACAGGAUCAGAUCUUAGUGCUGUAACCAAAUUAGUAUCAGAUACUAAACAUUCUCCCAAUGCUGCAUUCUUAGAAUCAAUUCAACAAGAAGGCAUUUACGGUGAUGAAUAUCAUUCCCAUAUUUAG